AUGAUGGUGAAAAGGGAAAAAGCUGAGUUAAAGAGUGGUGACUUUGGAACUUUGGAAUGGAAUGAUGAUGUUAUAGAGAAUGAUGAAGAAUCCGACACCGAUGAAAAUGAAGAUAUGAAACUCGACGAAUUGGUAUUCAAAGAAAAAAAGAAUUAUAAAAAACUAGUGAAUGAUAAAAUGAAGUUUGGAAAGUUAAUUGAGUUUUCAACAACAAAAUUCACAGAAAGCGAUGAGUUGAAAGAUAUGAAGAAAGUCUUUGAACAAGAAUUCAUUUAUAAAAGUCAAAAUGAAGAUGAAACAAAUGUGAUGAAUGAAGAUGAUGCAAAAAGUGACGAGAAUGAAGAUGAAGAAAAAAGAGAUUAG